AUGGGUAACAUUUUAGGAUCAAGAAAAAAAUUACCAAAAGAAGAUUUAGAAUUUUUAAGAACGAAUACAAAUUUUACAAAAAAACAAAUUAAACAAUGGUAUCGUGGAUUUAUAAGAGAUUGUCCUUCUGGUCAAUUAAGUAAAAAGAAAUUUAUUGAAGUCUAUUCUGGAUUUUUCCCUGAUGGUGAUGCUGAAGAAUUUUGUACACAUGUAUUUCGAACAUUCGAUAAAGAUAAUUCUGGAAAAAUUGAUUUUAAAGAAUUUCUAUUAGCAAUUAAUAUUACAUCAGGUGGUAAACCAGAAGAGAAACUUGAAUGGGCAUUUCAAAUGUAUGAUAUUAAUGGUAAUGGAACUAUUGAAAAGCAUGAAAUGGUUGAAAUUAUCAAAGCAAUUUACAGUAUGCUAGGUGCUGAUGAAUCAACUGUUGAUUUAAGUCCUGAAGCGCGUACAGAUGAAAUAUUUGAAAAAAUGGAUAGUAACUCUGAUGGAGUUUUAACAAGAGAAGAAUUUAUGGAUGGUUGUAUGGCAGAUAAACAACUUUAUUCUAUGUUACUCGCUGAUGAACCAGCUGAAUAGUUAAUAAUUAAAAAAAAAGCAAACUACACAAAAUGUCAAAAUGAAUCAAUCCAUUUUGUAUCCCCAACUACUACUAUUGGAAAUCUUGUCAU